GCGCGCGCGGCGCCGAAGACCGCGGCCCUGCCCCUCCGGCCAGGGCCCGGGGGCCGUGCGGGGAGGGAGCCUCGGAAACCGGCGCCGGAAUCCGCGCCCCAAGGACUCCGCCGCGGGGUCCACGUGGACCCUGGGCCGCGGCGGGACUGGAGCCCGUCCCCGCGCGUGGGGGAGGGGCCGUUGCAACCGGGUUCCCCUUUUCUGCAGCUCAAAGACUGGGGAAGUGAUUGCUCAAAGCGGGGGGGGGGGGCCGGAAGAACCCAGGUUUCCGCGUCUCCCGUCCCCCCCCUCAGCCUGUGGGGAGGGGCCGAGGCGGGACACCCGGUUUGCCCCCGCCCCCACCCCCACCCUGUUGGAUCUGGCAGCCAGUCAUCCCUGCCAGUCGCAGGGGAGGCGCUGCGCCCCCGGCCCGAGCCGAUCGGGGGCUCCUGGCGCCAGCCUCGCUCCAGAACGCGCAGGAGGACCUCCUGCCGUCUGACUUGAGUCCUGCUGCUGCAGUACACGCCCCUUCGGCAGCCAGGGUGGGGCCCAGAGCGAACCUGGCCCCUCCCGCCCCUGCCUCGCCUUUGGGUCGCUGAAACUUGACCCCUGAGGGAAGGCAUGCUGUCGGGCUGCUGCUUCCCCAUCUGUUUGCUGGAAGCCAGUGGGAUCCAGUUUGAGGGCCCCCCCCCCAGCGAUCUCAGGCGAAGCCAGAGCCCCAGGCUGUGGUGAGGGUCCUGGAGCAGGCACCACGGAGCCCCGGCAACCUCCUCCACCCACCCAUGCCCACCCCGCCUGAGGCUGAGAAGCAGCACACAGGGCCAGAGGAGGGGGACCAGCCUCCCUCCAUGUCCAGUCAUGAUGCGGCCCCCCCGGCUCCCCCCAGGCGAAACCCCUGCUGCUUGUGCUGGUGCUGCUGUUGCAGCUGCUCCUGGAACGAGGAGCGGCGGCGAGCGUGGCGGGCCUCCCGGGAGAGCAGGCUGCAGCCCCUCCCCAGCUGCGAAGCCUGUGCCACGCCGAGCCCCGAGGAGGUGCGGAGCUGGGCGCAGUCCUUCGACAAGCUGAUGCACAGCCCAGCGGGCCGCAGCGUGUUCCGGGAGUUCCUGCGCACCGAGUACAGCGAGGAGAACAUGCUCUUCUGGCUGGCCUGCGAGGAGCUCAAGGCCGAGGCCAACCAGCACGUGGUGGACGAGAAGGCGCGCCUCAUCUACGAGGACUAUGUGUCCAUCUUGUCCCCCAAGGAGGUGAGCCUGGACUCCCGGGUGCGGGAGGGCAUCAACAAGAAGAUGCAGGAGCCGUCGGCGCACACGUUUGACGACGCGCAGCUGCAGAUUUACACGCUGAUGCACCGAGACUCCUACCCCCGCUUCCUCAGCUCCCCCACCUACCGUGCCCUGCUGCUCCGGGGGCGCUCCACGUCCUCCAGUGAAGCCUAGACUGCCCACCGUGGCUGCCUGGACGCAGGACCCCUCCUGCGGGCAGAGACUCCUUUCGCAAGAGCGCUUCACGUGUGGGGCACACCCGCCGGGCCCAGCACCCCGGGCGGUCCCAGGCAGGAGCUCCAGGUGCAGGGCAGGCCAGAAGCCCCCUUCCCCACCCGGAAGACCCAGCGCCCCAGGAUCCAGCUGAGAGGCAUGCGUGAGGGCCUCUGGGCCUAGGCGGCCCCUCCAGCACCGCCACCCCUACUGAGCGCUUCCUGCUGGGGUUCCCACCUGGUGAAAGGAGGCGCCCUCCCUGAAAGCAUCCUGGACCCACAAAGCUCACAAGGUCCUCCUCCCCGGGCCCCUGGGGGCCCUGAGAAAUGCCUUUGGUGGAGAACAGAACCUCUGUACUGUCUAGUUUUGUGACAAGAGGAGACCUCCAACUGGUGCCAUCUGCACCCCGGGAUCAGACCCAGGACCUCAGGACCAGGCUCAAGGCAGCAGGACCCGGUUUCUCUUUUAUAUGUUCAUUGAGUUUAAACCAGGAAACAUGGCACUGUGUGUUUUAUCAAAAAAACAACAAAAAAAGUUUUCAUAUUUAACUCCACUCCUCUUCCCCCCAAAAUAGAAUCUUAUUAUUGAAGAUAUUUUUAAAGUAAAA